CUCUCUUUCUUUUGCGUCGGCUGCCAUACUUGAGUGUGAUUCAGUGCGUGUAUCUCUGAAAAUGAGUUCGUUGAAACUGCAAAAGAGGUUAGCCGCCUCAGUAUUGAGAUGUGGAAAGAAGAAAGUCUGGUUGGACCCCAACGAAAUUAGCGAAUUGUCGAAUGCUAAUUCCAGGCAGAACAUAAGGACCCUGAUCAAGGAUGGUUUCAUCAUCAAAAAACCUGUUGCAGUUCAUUCUAGAGCACGUGCACGCAAAAAUGCAUUGGCUCGUGCUAAAGGCAGACAUUGUGGUUUUGGUAAGAGGAAAGGUACCGCCAAUGCUAGAAUGCCAGUCAAGAAGCUGUGGACCGAAAGGAUGAGGGUAUUGAGAAGAUUUUUGAAAAAAUACAGAGAACAAAAAAAAAUCGAUAACCAUUUAUACCACACUCUGUACAUGAAGGUUAAGGGUAAUGUUUUCAAGAACAAGAGAGUCCUCAAGGAAUACAUCCACAAAAAGAAGGCAGAGAAGACCCGUGCCAAACAAUUGGAAGACCAAGGUAUUGCCCGAAGACUCAAGGUCAAGGAAGCCCGUAAACGACGUGAAGAGAGGAUUCAACUGAAGAAAGCUGCAGUUGUUAUCAAAGACAAAGAAGAACCUAAAGAAGUUUGAUUAGAGAAGUCAAUAAAGAAUGAGAAUUGAGCCGUUGUUUCAAUUAUAUAUAUAGGUCUGUAGUUUUAUUUAAGGAUACAAUGUUUCCAUCAUAUUUUGCAGUACAAAAUGUACAAAUGUAUAAACAUACAACUGUUCAAUAUAUCAUUUUUUACACUUCCUAAA